AUGGCCAUUUCUUCAGGCCUCGCCCUUCUGCUGGCCGCCAGCGCCGCUAUUAAUCCUGUCGCUGCUAGACCUUCGACAGUCGACGAAGCCUUGGUCGCCAUCUCCAACUCAGAUUUCUCCGGAUCAGUCUCAAAACGAGGCGCUCCUGAAGCCCCCAAUGGCUACGUCCCCUCCAAAGUCAAUUGCCCGAGCACGCGCCCGACGAUUCGAAAUGGAACCUCCAUCUCCAGCAUGGAGCGCGAUUGGAUUCCCAAGCGUCGCAACGAGACCAUUGCCCCCAUGCGAACACUCCUGAAGCGCCUAGCGAUCCCCGGUUUUGACAGCGAGGAGUAUCUCAAGAACGCCGAGACCGACGCUACAGCUGUGCCGAAUAUUGGAAUUGCCAUCUCUGGUGGUGGUUACCGUGCCAUGCUGUGUGGUGCCGGUGCGUUAGCAGCUUGGGACAUUCGCUCUGACGGUAGCGACAAGGAUGGAAACCUCGGUGGUCUUCUACAAAGUGCGACAUAUCUUUCAGGUCUUUCCGGCGGUGGAUGGCUCGUGGGCAGCUUGAUGAUGAACAACUUCACCUCCGUCCAGGAGAGCGUCAACUAUCCUGGCAUCUGGCAGUUGGAGAAUUCGAUCCUUGAGGGCCCAGAGAGCUACUCCCUGCUGCAAUACUACAACACCGUUUUCGAUGCCGUCAGCGACAAGAAGGAUGCCGGCUAUGAGCGAUCUCUUACCGACUACUGGGGUCGCAUGCUCUCGUACCAGCUCAUCAACGCUACUGAUGGUGGUCCUUCCUACACCUGGUCCUCCCUGGCCGACGAUACUGAUUUCUCCGAGGGCAAGGCUCCCAUGCCCAUCAUUGUUGCUGACGGCCGUGCCCCUAACGAGACCAUUAUCAGUCUCAACGCAACUAACUUCGAGUUCACUCCUUGGGAGCUAGGCUCAUACGACCCCGUCCUCCAGGGUUUCGUUCCCCUCAAGUACGUAGGUUCGGAGUUCGAUGAGGGCAAACUUCCCAAGGACAAGUCUUGUAUCGCUGGUUUCGAUAAUGCUGGUUUCGUUAUGGGAACUUCCAGCAGUCUUUUCAACCAGAUCGUUCUUUACCUCAACGAACCUAACAACAACUACGUCCCUGACGAUGUUCCUGAUAUUGCUGUCGAAGCGGUGUCUGCUGUUCUUGGUGCUAUUGGCAGCGCGGACAACGAUAUCGCCGAUUGGACUCCCAACCCCUUUAAGGGCUGGAACCCGGAGGAGAAUCUGAGCGCUGAGUCCGACCGACUCACCCUUGUUGACGGUGGUGAGGAUCUUCAGAACAUUCCUUACUACCCUCUCAUCCGCAAGGAUCGUGAGGUCGACGUUGUCUUCUCCUUCGAUUCAUCUGCCGACACUGAGACCGGCUGGCCCGACGGUGCAUCCCCCAUCGCGACAUACGAGCGCUCUCUUACCGACAUCUCCAAGGGAUCAUCCUUCCCCUCGAUCCCCGGCAAGAACACAUUCCGCAACUUGGGUCUCAACAGCCGCCCUACCUUCUUCGGCUGCAACGCUACCAACAUGACUGAUCCCUCACCUCUCAUCGUCUAUAUCCCCAACUACCCUUACGUCUACUCCUCCAACAUUUCCACCUUCCAGAUGAGCAUCAACACAUCCGAGCUUUCUGCCAUCAUCGAGAACGGCUACGCGGUCGCCACUAUGCUUAACGGCACCCGCGACGAGAACUGGCCUGUUUGUGUUGGCUGUGCCAUGCUCUCUCGCAGCUUCGACCGCACAAACACCACUAUCCCUGAUAAGUGCCAGGAGUGUUUCACAAAUUACUGCUGGAACGGCACUCUCGAUGAGAGCGACCCUGCAGAAUACAAACCUACUUUCAUCGGUGAAGAAAUCGAGAUCGAGAGUUCCGCAUCAAAGAUGGCCAGCAGCGCCCUCGUCGUCCUCGCAGCCGCUGCAGGAUUUAUGCUCACCAUUUAA